AUGACCAAGACAACGCAGCCUUGUUCCCAAACGUUUUGUCGUUUGUUCGCCCAGCAAUCCCCCCUGUGUGGAACCGGUUGGCCGGAUAUAAUCGAGCCUCGUGGUGUCUCGCGUCGUGCAGCACCCAUGCAAGCACCACUACCGGAUACAUGGACAAUACGUCCCAUCCCUCCAUCAUUGCCUUCUCAUAAUCACAGUUGGAAGAACUACCACAUGCUCUCCAAGUCUCUGCUGCUGCUCGCCUCUCUGGCAUCCUCUGUGCUCGCCGCCCCAGCCGCCUGCGCCGCGCCGAAGCCCGCGACACCUACUCUGCCUCUCACCGGCGGCGCCAAGGAACUCACCAACCCUCCGGACGGCCUCAAGCUGCUGCACAUUGCCCUCGGCUUCGGCAUCCAAAACUACACCUGCGCCGCCGCCGGCGCCACCCCGACCGCGACCGGCGCUCUCGCCGUGCUCUACGACGCCCGUCCGCUCUACCCCAAGCAGGGCCCGCGCUCGCUCGCCUCCGCGGCCCAGUUCGCCCAGCUGCCCGCCGACGUGCUCGCCACCCACCCCGUCCCGCUCAACCUCGACAACCGCCUGGACCGCGCCGACCCGGCCCACCCCGGCGCCUCCCUCACCGAGCCCUUCCUCGCCCCGCCCGCCGGCCUCGUCGUCGACGGCGUCAACGAGCCCCUCGCCUACAUUGGCCACCACUUCUUCACCGACAAGGGCGUCCCCGCCUUUUACCUCGACAACGGCAGCAUCUUCCUCACCUCCAGAAAGGACGAGGCCGUUGACGCCCCCGUCGAGGCCUCCGCCGGCCCCGAUGGCACCGGCGCCGUCGCCUGGCUCAAGCUGAGCGCCACCGACGCCGCCGUCGGCCCGGCCAAGUUUGUCUACCGCGUCCUCACUGCCGGCGGAAACUCGCAUGGCUGUGUCAACGGCGCUGGCGGCGACAGCACUAGCUACACUGCUACUUACUGGUUCUACGGCUAA